UUCCACAGACAUGGCUCUCAAAUGUGCAGGAGAAACAUUAUAAGUAUUGCUAAUUCAGCAAAAGAAAACUUGUAAAUUGAUAGUUUUUCUACUUUAAUCUGUCCAAGAUGCAAAAAGUAAUAAACAAAAAUCUGAAAAGAAGUCAAGAGUUUUUAAUUUAGAGUGUAUAUGUGGUUUUAUUUUGAAUUUUGGUACUCAACAUGGCGUUUAGAAAAACAACCACCAUAAUUUUUUAUGCAUUGGUUGAAAAAUGAAAAAAGAAUGGGUGCAAAAGCACACGGACCCAAUCAGACCACGUCACUGCUGACCUUCGAUGAUUUAACCAUACAAAUCACAGCAAACUGACUUCAGCUAAACAUCACCUCUUUUUAAUGUUUAAUUUUAUUUAAAUUUAGAGUGUGACCAUCAAUUUACUCAUUCGUAUUCAGAAUUAGAUUCAUAUUCAUUAAACUUAUUUUUAUUUUAACUUGAGCUCAGUGUUUUUAGAACAUCACAUCAUGAACAAGACACUGCAAAAGACACGAGACGCGAGCGCAACGGUCAAACGCGUCCAUCUAGGGUGUGUUUACAUCAAAAAACAAUGGGAAAGCAGCUCAGUGGAGAAGAAAAACCUUCCCUAUCUUUGGUUUUCCUCUCUCAUAAAGUCAUGCAAUAACGAGUUUUUGUUUUGCUGUUGGAAACAAACCAACAAUAUUUGUUAUUCAUAUAGUACUUUGCAUAUUCUAGAGAAAACUGAAACAGGGCCAAAAACCUUAUGCAAGAGUAUGUUGAAAUCCCCUGAUGCUGAUGGGUGUGCCUUGAGAUGCUUGAGAGCUUUAUAUAAGACAGAAAUCUGUCAGACAAACAUCUCUCAGACUCGAUCGAGGUGAAGCUGCUCUUCUGACUCCGUCUACAGUCAUCCAGGUUCAGACACGAUGAACAUCGCGAAAGACAUUCUCAAUAGCCAAACAACAAAAGGUUCAGACACGAUGAACAUCAUGAAAGACAAUCCCAAUAGCCAAACAACAAAAGGUUCAGACACGAAGAAAGGCAUUAUUCCCAAGACCGAAACAAAAGGCGUCGACUUCUGUGAAAUGAAAAACAACUUUUAUAUAAUCCGCUCUGAUUUUGGCUGCUAUAUGAAGACAAGAAGUUUAAACAAAGGUUCAGGUGUCUCUAUUUUCAAUCUGCACCUUUCCUGCAAAGAUGGAGACCAUUACAUUGGUCAUGAAAAUGGCUACUUUUACAUCAUCAGGGGAAACGAGUACCGCAAAGUCAAGGACCUGACGACAGACAGAGAAGGUAAAAUGUACAAACUUCAUCCCAACUGCCAGGGUGGAGACCACUACUUCUCAGCCAAUGGCAAGUUUUACAUUAUCUUCAAAAAAAGGGGCAUUUAUCGAAGAACAACAGACAUGACUGAAAACUGGCAUCCUGUAGAAUACAAGCUGCAUCCCGACUGCAGCAAAGGGAUCUAUUACUGGGGCCACACACACAGCUUAUACUUCCUCAGGCCAGGCUCAGAUUGGGGAGUUCAGUACUGCGGCAGUAAAGACUUCAGCACAGAUAAGUUUUCUGUUGUCUAUUCUGCUCAUUCUGAUGUUCUUAACUUCCUCCCUGGUGGUCUGUCAGUAACUAAAGGUCCAGUCUUUGGCAUUUGGGAGAAUAUUAAAACUAUGACUAAUGACAGCAAUACAGCAGUGGAAUGGACAAAGAAAAUCAAUAAAAAGGUGGGAUACAAUAAAAAGAAGAUGUCCGAGAUCACACACAGCUGGAAGAUAGAUGCAUCAGCCUCGAUUGAAACUGGAGGCCUUGCAAAGUUAAUUGCACAGUGUCAGUUCUCCUUUUCUGCAGAAUAUGGAGGUUCACAUGUCAGCACUGAAAGUGAAAGCUGGAACACAAUGACUGAAGAGGAAGAAGAACUCAAAUUUAAGCUGGAGCCAAAACAGUCUGUAUAUCUGUGGCAGUUCAAAAUGGGUCUUGGUAAAGAUCAAGUGUUGUUCUGCCGUAAUAUAAAGAUUAACCAUGAUAUAAACCCUCCAACUGACAACCCGCUGCCACAAACACAAAAAAAAAAGAAUAACGAAGAUGACGAAAAAAAGAUCACUAAUGAUCCAAAGCCUCCAACUGAAGUCCUGCUGCCACCUGCACAACACAAAAAAAGAAUAACCAAGUGCUUCAGAUAAAUACCUGCAUUAAUUAUACCUUCUCUAGUAAUUAUUUAGAUAUCUACAUGCAUUGCUUAAAAUGAGGCUGGAAUUGUUUCAUAGCAAAGAGAUUUUUCAGUUACACUCAAUGUAACUUAGUGUUUAUGAUUAAACCCAGCAAGCAAUAGCCGUCAUUUCUCCGUCUCGGUGAACUACAGACCUGAUAUAGUCCGGCUAUGAGUAAUUAAAAUCAAAUUUAAAAUUAUUUUGGUUAAAUGUCGAUUUUGCCAAACUAACUUGCGAGAUGUAUGAUAUUCCAUCAUGUCAGCAAAGUCAACAGUGCAACAAGGUGUUUGGUUUCAUAUCUUUGACAUGUUAUAUUGUGUAGGCUGUGCGUAGCCAUGAUUUAGCUCGUAGUCAGACCGGCUGUUUGUAGCCCACCUUUAAUCAAUCCUGAUUUAUUGUCUAAUUUUCACGGCUUGGCUAUAGCCCCGAUUCAGACCGGACAUUUCCGCCAUUUUACAACUGUUGGAGAUCAAGCAACAGCAAAUGUUAAAGCAAAUUCUUUCCUGCUUUUGGUCUUGUAAGUAUCUGUGUUUUUCAUUUUGACAUGCGUUCAUUAUUCAUGUACAUCAUGUGUUAUCAUGUGUAGGAACCGUGACAUUUUAGCGUGUGACAGUGCAGACUCAGAGUAAGUGUGGUUAGAUUAACAUACAUGCACAUGUACUGUAGUGUUUCCGUGUGCCCUAAAACUCUGUAAUUAUCUCAAUACGAGGGGGUAAACAUGUAACCUGUGUACCUUAUUAUUAUUUGUUACGGAAGCCUCAUAUAUCUUUUAAUCUUUGAUCAUUAUGAUAUGAAAAUAUGAGUUUUUGAUUUGGCAAGGCAAGUUUAUUUUGUAUAACACAUUUCAACAAGAAGGCAAUUCAAAGUGCUUUACAUAAAACAUGGAAUUUAUGGAACCGAAAAUUAAUCAGGUUGUUUUAUAAACCAAAACAUUGUUAACCUUUUUUA